GCUGCUGUGGUGGGAGAUCUCUGUGCUUUGCUUCUGAGCAUCAUCAUCUUGGGCAAGGAAGCUGAGUUUAGUGAGGUCAAGUAAGACCUAAGGAAGAAACCUUGAGCAGUUUGACAUUUAUUUUCCAAGUGGAAGCGUUGGUUGAUUGGAAUACAGGCUGAAAACUUGGAAGCAGCAUGUGUUGUUCACUGAAACUCUUUGUGAUUCCAGUGUUACUGGGUUAUUCUUGGGGCCUGAAUGACUUGAUUGUUUCCUCCCCUGAGCUAAGAGUCCAUGUGGGUGAUUCAGCUCUGAUGGGAUGUGUUGUCCAGAGCACAGAAGAGAAACAUGUGAGCAAGGUGGACUGGACACUCUCACCAGGGGAGCAUGCGGAGAAUGAAUACGUUCUGUACUAUUACUCCAACCUCAGCGUGGCUUUGGGACGCUUUCUGAACCGUGCGAGUUUGGUGGGAGACAUCUUACAAAAUGAUGGUUCUCUCCUGCUCCAAAAUGUGCAGGACACUGACCAGGGAAUCUACACCUGUGAAAUCCGCUUUGAAAGGCAGAGCAUGGUGUUUAAAAAGUUCGUGGUACUGCAUGUGCUGCCAGAGGAACCAAAAGAGCUCACCAUCCAUGUAGGUGAUUCAACUCAGAUGGGAUGUUUCUUCCAGAGCACAGAAGAGAGACGCGUGACCAAAGUAGACUGGAUGUUUAGCUCAGGAGAGCAUGCCAAGGAGGAGAUUAUCUUACGUUAUGACUUCAGAUUCAACUAUACCCAGAAUCAGGGCCGUUUCCGGAACCGUGUCAACUUGAUGGGGGAUGCUUCCCACUAUGAUGGUUCCGUCAUGCUUCAAGCAGUGAAGGAGUCUGACCGAGGUGUCUACACCUGCAGCAUCUACCUGGGAAAGCUGGUGUUCAGGAAAACCAUUGUUCUGCAUGUGAUCCAGGAAGAAUCCCAAAUGUUGGUUCCAACAACACCUAGACCUGAGAUCCUGGAUGGGAAUCAGCUGGUGAUUAUCGUGGGGAUUGUCUGUGUCACUCUUUUGCUGCUCCCUGUUUUGAUAUUGGUUGUGAAGAGGACUCACUGGAAUAAGAGUUCUACAGCCACUGUGAAGAGCCUGGAGAACACAAAGAAGGCUAAUCCAGAGAAACAUGUCUACUCAUCGAUAACUACAUGGGAGGUGAUGGAAGAAGGACCACGUGGACAGGCCGAGGCCACCUACAUGACCAUGCACCCAGUUCGGCCCUCUCUUCGGUCAGAUCCAAAUAAACCAGUUGGAAAAAAGUCAGUUUGCGGAAACCCCCCAACAGAGCCAACAUUCUAGAAGGAAGGAGAGAGCACUUCAUCAUAGCAGUGGCAAAGACUGCUUUUGAUGGGUCCUAAGCCACUGUGCCAGCUGUUUCAGACCUCUGCUUUUCCGCUGAUCUUGGCCUCCAUCAAAGGACUGAAGAUAGAGGGUUUGAAGUCUGUCAGGAAGACUGAACAGCUCCAAACAAAUAGGCACUGAUAAGGGGAGGGAGCCCAUGGACUUGGCCUCAAGAGUGGGAUCCUGGCCUGGGGAAAACUGACUGAUCUGUUUUGUAGAUGCAUGCACGUCACUGGACCAGACCUUUCAUGUAGACAGUGUUUUCUUGUUACUGUUGUUUUGUGGAUGAGCUACUAGGAAGACUCACAGAAAUACAAACCAACCCAAAUGAUUCCUUUCAUAAAUUAUGACCAAAUAAAUGUGAUUUAUGGGAAUCAUCCAUUUUUAUGCCUAGAUGAGGGACAAAUUAAGUUUGGGUGAAGAAUUUGCAGUGUGGAAUUCCUGGGAAAGCUGAUGUCCUUGGAGUAGAUAGCCACAGUGACUCCACACAGGGACUGGUUUGGUCCUGGGGAAGCUUUAGGGAUGGCAUAUUGAAAGUGGGAUAUGAGUACAGCUCUGGGUUUAACUCAGCGGUUCUUCCUUGCCACUGGGUACAGCAUUACUGGUGGCUCCUUGCUGGAUCUUUGGGGCUUGGGCAUCUGUCUUUUUCAAAAGUGUUACACAUGGGUUGCCAAAGCAAAUGCUAGUUGUUGAGUUCUUGGACUAAAAUGUAAGGUUCCUAUACUUUUUGGUUGUUUUUAUAAAAUUUGAUAGAGUUGGUCUUAAAAUCCUUUAGUUUUUGAACUUGACUUCUAGCCCCUAAGGAUCAGCUUGGGACUCAAGUUCUGGUUACCUUUCCUGACUACCUUUCUCAUUCUCUACCUAUCUUUCUCUUCACUUAGCCAACCAGGGCCCAGGUAAGUCUCCUCUAAAUCUCCC